AUGAAACGAGCCCACCAGCUGGCUGGCUGGCGUCGCGAGCGUCACAUGCUCCCGCAAGACGACGCUUUCCCGGAGGAUGCGCCCUGGCGUUGGAGCAGCACUCAGGCUCUCCAUAAUGCCAGCCGCCCCUCCGGCCUUGCCAAAAUGGCCCGCCCGACGUCACCUACGUCACACAAUGGUAUGACUCACAGCCUCCCAGAGCACGGCCUCAAUGGGGCGUCUGGCCCAGGAUGGCAGGUGCGCCAGCCUCCUCUGCAGCCCAGCUAUCAUGGAGGCCCGCUUUAG